GUCUUCAUCUUCAGUUGGACAUGAAAGAUUUACCCGAAAAUCUCUUCCCAAAAGGCGCCACCCUCCAAGAUUCCGAAGAACAACUCCUCCUCAAGGUCCCUGGUGCCAUGGUCCACCUUAUCGAACCACAAACCAGCGUAGAGCUCGCUUAUGGUGAGCUCUCUAUUGUUCGCCUCCUCCAAAGCGGCAACCAUAUAGCCGUUUUUGCUCGUGUCGGUGAUGAUAUUCAGUGGCCUUUGGCUAAAGAUGAGCCUGUUGUUAAGCUCGAUACUUCCCACUAUUUUUUCACUCUUCGAGUGCCCUCCGAUGAAGGUGGCGAAGAUUCUAACCAAAUCGAGGAGGUUUUGAACUAUGGCUUGACGAUUGCUUCGAAAGGGCAGGAGGGUUUGUUGAAGGACCUGGAUGGACUCUUGGAGACCUACAGUUGUUUCUCGGUGCAUGAAGUUAAAGGGAUAGGGAACUUGAAGCCUGUGGACACGAGAAAUGUGGCGCCUGAAGAUUUGGAUUGGAAGGAAGAAAGGGACUUGAUCGUGGGAAGUUCAAUGGCAUAUUGGACGACACUGGCGCCCAACGUUGAAGACUAUAGCGGGUCUCUAGCAAGGGCAAUUGCUUCAGGGUCAGGGUACAUUGCCAAGGGAGUUUUGUGGGGCGGUGAUGUCACUGUUGAUGGGUUGAAAUGGGGCAAUGUGUUCUUGAGUACGAGGAUGAAGCCAGGUUCAACCUCAGAGAUCAGAUCAGUGGCCUUGAGAAGGAUGAAAAGGGUUAAUAAGUUAACAAAGAUGUCAGAGGAAGUGGCCACUGGAAUUCUUGCUGGAGUGGUGAAAAUGUCCGAAUUCUUCACAGGGUCAAUUGUUAACUCCAAAGUUGGGAAGAGAUUUUUCAACCUGCUGCCUGGGGAAAUCGUUCUUGCUUCCUUGGAUGGAUUUAAUAAGGUUUGCGAUGCUGUUGAAGUAGCUGGAAGGAACGUCAUGUCUACCUCAUCUCUUGUAACAACAGGACUUGUUUCACAAAGGUAUGGGGAGAAGGCAGGAGAGGCAACAAAUGAAGGGCUUGAUGCGGCAGGACAUGCAAUUGGGACUGCAUGGGCAGUCUUCAAGAUAAGAAAGGCUCUUAACCCCAAGAGUGUUUUAAAACCCACAACACUGGCAAAGGCUGCUGCACAAGCUAAUGCUACAGAACUCAAGGCCACAAAAACAAGCACCAAAACUCAUGCCAUAUGAAGCAGACUCUG